UCUUAUCUUUUUUCAACAAAGCAACAAAAUUCAGAAAACAUAAUUCGAAUGUAAUUAGUUGUUGAAUUUAACAGUGAGUUUGGCGGUUCCGGUGAUGUAGAAAAACAUUCAACAAUGUUGUUCAAUUUUCCGAAAAUGUCGUCUCUCCCAAUCGAACUAUGGACCAAAAUUCUCGAAAUCGGAAUCCAAGAUUGCGGUUUGAGCUACAAAGACCUCUGCUGCAUCUCAAUCUCCUGCCGCCUCCUUCACCGCCUCUCCGUUGAAGAUUCUCUCUGGAACCGCCUUCUCUCCUCCGACUUCCCUUCUUCUUCCACUUCUUCCUCUUCUUCAUCCUCAAAAUCUCUUUAUAAAUUAAGGUUUGAGAGAGACAAGGAGAGGAAAAUAGCAGCUCAUAGGAGGGUUGUGCUGAGAAAGGAGAGCCAGAUUUUGGAACAUUCUAGAAGGCUGCAUGAUAUUCAGACAUGUGUGUCUCAAGAAAAGCUCAAAGCCAUUCAAACUUCUACUGAGUUGUCCCAUUUGCGUAGAGUCAGAGAAGCCUCUGUAGCUUUGAAUGUAUGGCAACCCGAGGUUGUCCGGGGUAGGCAAAAACAGAUGGUGGAACAAUGUGUUGUGCCUGCUGAAUCCCGGAUUCGCACGCUUGAGAUGGAACUCAGGCUCUGUAAGCAACAUAUUUUGGGGUUGGAGAAGUCCUAUAGAGAUGAAAAGUGUAGGCUUGAUAAUGCAAAGGAAGAGUUAGAAUCUUUGAAGUAUCAUCCUCUUCGGAAGCAUAAGCCUGUCGGUGGAGGGGAAAAUGAACAUAAGGUCAAGCGGAAGAUGUUGAAAAGCUGCAAUAACUCCAAACACUGCUGCAUUGGACGAUGAGUCAAUUCCGAGGAGAUAACUGAGAAGUUCUUCCUGCUAUGAAUCCUUACUGCGCUUGGUGGAGAAGAUGUAUAGGAUUGAAACCGCAGGGACUAGAAACUUAAUUGAAAAAAGGGGUACUGGAAAUACGCUGUCUAGCUUAAAAGAGUUCAGAUGCAACUUGGGUUUUAGCAGAUGCAUUAAAAAGUGUUACUACUAUUAGUUGGCAUUGUAAUCAUCAUAUUGUACAUAUUCUGCUGCUACUUAUGUAUACAUUUCUACCGUUUGUUGAGAACCUUUAUUUUUAUGCUGAACUCAUUGUUGGAGAACUUUUAUGUUGUUAAACAUGACAUUGCAGGAGUUGUUAGAUGAACUAAUUGUUGUGUCAGUUUUCUCAUGUUAUAUAUAGUACUGGUCAAGACUGCAGUCUGUAAAUUGUGCUCUGCUGAUAGUACAGUUAUAUAAUCCUAGAAUUACAAUGCAUUGUGGUAUUUUGCA